AUGGUUUACCCUCCGCCGUCUCGAAAUAUUAGCAUCCCCGCGGUGGUCGCAGGAAACAUUUUGCAAAACGAUGAUACAUCGAUCACCGCGUCCGACAAUGGCUACGAUGGGGCCAUCAUCAUGCGUACCCAGAACAAGCUGGCGAUGCUCAUCAGCCCCCAACAGCGCGCUUCCGUCAACACGGAGUCUUCCUUUGCGAUGGUCACGGUCAACAGCGAUGAUACCUCUGUGCCGCCGCUGCGACUAAGUUACCUGGAUAGCUUCUACUUCGACACAGCGUUCGACGCUGCCACGGGGAACGUGAUUUUCACUCCGAGCUGCGAUUACCCGAUCCGCAACCGCUCGCUAGCUUCGGUGUUUACGAAGAACUUCAAUGUGAUGAACCAUGACGGAUCGAGCGUGGGGUUACACCUCGGCGGGCGCGUUGUGACGGCUUCGGCCACCGUGCUCAACUACGUGGACGUUCCCGUGGGUAUCGCUGCGCGACGCAAGGCACUUGUGCUCGACGAUGGCCUCAGCAUGAUCGCCGAACAUCACCGAUUUAAACAGCAUCAACGUCGCGGAACAGCGUAUUAA